AUGGAACCUCACAAAAAACCCACUACAAAUAUUCUUUUGGUUGAAGCUAGCUCGUCGAAUGAAGAGUAGACUAAAAAUUACAAUGAAAGACUAGAGCAAGAGAUCUUACUUUUGUAGGAGAGCCUCACCAUCGCAUUUUUAGAAAUAGAUUCUCUAAAAAAAUAUCAGUAGAAGUAUGAUGUCAGUUUGAUCUAAGAACUUAAGAGCAAAAGUGAAAUACUUGAGUAGAAGCUAAAUAUGAUUAUCAAACAAGAUCAAGAAUUUAGGCUUAAUCAAAGUUUGGAUUUCUUCAAUAUAUCUAAUUUGGAAUUGAAAUAAACCCAGGAAAGAUUGCUUAAUGAUGAGAAAUUGUAAGAAAUUAGACGUCGAAUCACUCAAAAAGAACCAGUGAAGAAUAUGCAUUAAAUUUCUGAGAUUAGUCAUGAUAAUGAUGCUUAAGGAUAGAGAAGGUUAUAAACAGAAGUAAAUACACGAGAACAAUUUAGAGAGCAACAUCCUAACUCAUCUGCUGAUUUAAUUUCAGAUACUGAUUAAUCAGAAAAAGUUAGCGGAGCUCUCAAAGAGGAAGCAAAAAACCUAGACUUUAAAGGGAAUGAUGGAGUCUCAUCAAUAGGUUCAUCUUCUUCUGGGCAAUUAAGCUCUAGAAGAUAAAAGCGACAAGGGUAGUAAAUUCUUUUAUAAGAGACAAAUGAGAAGCAGGUAACCUCUAGCAAUAGUUCUUAAAAAGAUUAGGACUUUAAGGCUAAGGUGCUUAAAAGCUAGACUCUAGACUUUUCACAUAGGCCAAUAGAUAAAUCAUAAUCAAAAUCUCAGUCUUCAACUUCAUAAAAGGCUUUUGAGAUUAUAAGCUUUAAAGAGUAUUUGAAGCAAAGAAAUGAAAAUAAAAAAUUGGUCAAAGCAGAUUUUAAGAAGUCAUUUUACAUUAUGAGAGACUAUAGAGAUUUGAACUUUGAUUAUUUUUAGACUUUCCCAGAAAAAAGACCUUUGUUUAUACAUUGUAGAUCAAAACUUAAUUUAUGCGAGGAUUCUGAAGCUAGGCAAAUGAUAUAAUGGAUACAAAAAAUGUUGAGUGGGAAUGAUUAUAUGGGAAGUUUUAGAUAUGAAUAGGGAACUAAGAAAUUUAAUAGCUAUCUAUAUAUGAGCCUUGAAACGUAUAGUUUGCUAUUGGAGAAAUAAAAGCAAGAGAGGAUGAUCCUAUUAGAAAUUUAUGAGAUAAGUUAGGAUUAGGAAGAAAUAUUAGUUGCUACUAACUGGGAUAACCUUUCAAAAGUUGCAGUACUUAACGAGCAAGCAUAAUUCGAGCAUUGA